UGUAGAUCUAUGUGAGGAUGUAGAUCUAUGCUCUAAACUCGCAGUUUAAAAUCAUUGCACAAGGCAAACAAUUCAUGAACGUUUCUUGUUUUAAACAUGAACUAUGCCAAAUGAGGUUUCACAUGUUUUAAAAUGAUGAAACAAGAAGAAUGUAUUAUUUUACAUGUUGGUUAUUCGCUUUUUAACCAGCACUAUUAAGUCUUCAAAAAAAAAAGAAGCAAUCUGUUUAAAUGUUCUGCGUUUGAAACCUCAAUAAUAAGUGGAACGUGAAAUAUAAAGUAUAAACUUGUUGAAAGUCGAGUAUUCUGUGAUCCGUUUUACGACAGCUGCUCCCACCGUACGGCUCAGCGUGUGUGUUCGUGUUGUGUUGAUAUUGUGCGUGUUGUUGGUCCUCAUUACGCUCUUUCACACACAUUACGCCUCCUUAAACCAGACGACCUCAUCGGACUACGACAUGGGGAAGCCGAAGAAGAAGACUGACCUGAGCCGCGCUGAGCUGAUGAUGAUGACGGUGGCCGAUGUCAUCCAGCAGCUGGUGGAGGCCCACGAAGAGGGGCGGGACAUCAACCUCAACAAGGUGAAGACGAAGACGUCGGCUAGGUACGGCCUGUCCUCCCAGCCCCGGCUGGUGGACAUCAUCGCCGCCGUGCCGCCGCAGUACCGCCGCGCCCUGGUGCCCAAACUGAAGGCCAAGCCCAUCCGCACCGCCAGUGGGAUCGCGGUGGUGGCUGUGAUGUGUAAGCCUCAUCGCUGUCCUCACAUCAGCUUCACCGGGAACAUCUGUGUUUACUGCCCCGGGGGUCCGGACUCUGACUUUGAGUAUUCAACCCAGUCCUACACGGGAUAUGAGCCUACCUCCAUGAGGGCGAUCCGGGCGCGCUACGACCCGUUCCUUCAGACCCGACACCGCGUCGAGCAGCUGAAGCAGCUGGGCCACAGCGUGGACAAGGUGGAGUUCAUCGUGAUGGGCGGGACCUUCAUGGCGCUGGGGGAGGAGUACAGAGACUACUUCAUCAGGAACCUCCACGACGCCCUCUCAGGACACACCUCCAACAGCGUGGCCGAGGCAGUCAGGUACUCUGAGGUGAGCAACACUAAGUGCGUGGGCAUCACCAUCGAGACGCGUCCCGACUACUGCCUGAAGCGCCACCUCAGCGACAUGCUGAGCUACGGCUGCACCCGGCUGGAGGUGGGGGUCCAGAGCGUGUACGAGGACGUGGCCCGUGACACCAACAGGGGCCACACGGUGCGGGCGGUGUGUGAGUCGUUCCACCAGGCGAAGGACGCGGGCUUCAAGGUGGUCUCCCACAUGAUGCCCGACCUGCCCAACGUGGGCAUGGAGCGCGACGUGGAGCAGUUCAUCGUACGUCCUCCCCUCCCUCCGGACAGCUCGCCGCCGUCCAAUCACAGCGCCGGAGAGGACGCUGCUGUCCAAUGGGAGCGCUGUGGUGGAGUCCAGCCCACCGCCUCCCGGACGGCGGCUCCCAGCCGGCCUGUGUUCAGUCACUCCUCCGCGGUCCCCGACCCGCCUGCAGCCCCCCACGACCCGGCUCUCCUCCACGACCACGGCUCUCCUCCUGCUCUCUCGCUCCUUUAUUAUCUGUCGUGGAUCCUUAAAGCCCACCGAGGACUUGUUUGCUGA